AUGGCUAUCAUUCGUCAAGAAAUAGUUAGAGCUACAAUUAAUAGAGCAGCUGCAUUAGUAGACCCUAAUAUUCAAAAUAAUUUAGAAAAACGACAUGUAUUUAGAAUACAAACAGUUCUUGCUGACAAAUCUCUUACGAAGGAUGAAAAAUCAUAUGCAGUAAAAGAAUUAAAUAAAGUAUUUGACCAUUAUAAAAUCCUUUAUAAUGAAGGAACAAAAAGAAUUUGUGAAAAUUGUCAUGAUGAAUGUUUAGCUACAUUAUAUUGUGAACAUUCACUUAUACCAAAUUUGAUAGUAGAAUGGAUUCCUUAUAAUAAUUUACAAAAUAUUAAAUACUUAACUAAAGGUGGAAGUUCUGAAAUUUAUACAGCAGUUUGGAUUGGUGGAUGUUAUGAAGAAUGGGAUUUAAAAGAAAAACAAUUAAAAAGAUAUGGAAGUAUGAUUGUAGUGCUCAAAAAAUUAGAAAAUGUUGAAAGUGCCAAUAAAAGUUGGUUUGAUGAGGGUAUAUCUCAUCUACACAUAAGUAGCAAAACUUCCCUUAUAGUGCAAUGUUACGGUUUAACUCAAAAUCCAUUUAAUGGAAAUUAUAUGAUUGUAAUGAAUCAUAUGAAUAUAAAUCUAAGAGAAUAUUUGCAACAAAAUCUCAAUAAAAUCACAUGGAAAGAAAGAAUUCAAAUUAUUGAUAGUAUAAUUGGCGCAGUUUAUGAUAUUCACAGCGAGAGUUCAAUUCACAGAGAUUUACAUUCUGGAAAUAUAUUAUUUGGUCAAAGUAAUCAAAAUUUUUUCAUCAGUGAUUUUGGAUUUUGUGGACCAGCUAAUAAACCAUUAAAUAGUAUAUAUGGAAAUCUUCCAUACAUAGCACCUGAGGUCAUUGUUAAUAAGAAAUAUACUUUUGCAUCUGAUAUUUAUAGUAUUGGCAUACUUAUGUGGGAAAUCUCAUCUGGACAACCACCUUUUAUUAAUAAACAUGAUUAUGAUCUUGCAAUAAGAAUAAUAAAUGGAAUGAGACCAAAAACAAUACCAGACACUCCUUUAGAAUAUAAAGAAUUAAUGGAACAAUGUUGGGAUGCUAAUCCUACGAAAAGACCUGAUAUUUUCACUCUUUUUAAUAAAAUAAGGGAUAUUUAUAGAUGGUAUUGUCAAAAUGAAAAUGAACAAAGAAUAAUUAGUAAAAUUACGAGUACUAAUAACUCUCAAUUAAAUACAAGAUAUAAUUUAAAUUCUAGUUCUACUAAUAGUUCCUUUUUUGGGAAUUUUAGUACAAGUUCUAGUAAUUGGAAUAUUAGUAGUAGAGUUUAUAAUUUUGAAAAUUUACCUGAACCAAAAAAUGCAACAAAAGAAGAACAAGAUGCUUAUCAUAGUAUACAAUUUGAUUAUGAUUUACAAGAUGGUUUGAUUAUUGUAGAAGAGAAAUCUAAUAAAAGAUGUUAUUUUGAUGAUGAUGAUAAAGAUUUAGCUUAUAACUCUAAUAAAAAAGUCAAUUCAAAUAAUAACGAAGAAAUACAAUAUCAUGAAAUUGGAUACCAAUAUACGUAA